UUAUUAAAAUAUUAUAUGUUAUAUAAAUUAUAAACAUUAAUCAGUCUUCAUGAUCACGAAUACAUUAGAUAAGUACAAACUACUAUAACAGUACGAAUUACAUUAUAGAUCAUACUAUAUUAUUAUGGUUUAACUGUGAUUUAUGAAUAACGCAAUAACAAAUAAUAUAGUAUUUGAUAAUAACUAUCUAAAUAUCUUGUAAGUAAGCAGUAAGCACUAUUCACUAACAAAACAGUAAUACAGUAUUUAAGUAAACAGUAUUUAGAUUAUAACAGUUAACAGUAUAAAAAAAAAAUGUUUAAUUUUGAGCAUUUGUAGUCCCUAGUAUAGUCGACAUUGUUUACUCGAGAAUUGAGAUGACGGACGAACCUGCGAAUUGCACUAUGCAUCAUACAAACACUGUAAAAGUUAAGUGUGACUGGCAGUCAAACGUUUGUGGAAUGGACAUUGAGGACUGUGUCGUUUCCAGUCCAAAGCAGUCGGAAACUGAUGCCAGCAAACUUGACGUCCUGCAACUAAUAACGGAAUUUGAUUGCAAGGGUGUGAAUUUCGAAAAACCUGAAAAUUUAAACGACUUUUUCAUAAACAUCAAUUGUGAUCCGAUGCAUGUAAUCAAUACAAUAGUUGUGUGUUCUGAGGCCAGAAUCAUAGAACUGUUCGGGAAGACGGGAGAAUAUGUGUCUAUACAUCAGUCUUUAGGUCAUGAUGUUUUAAGUGAUGGAGUUAAAAUGUUUUCUCAUUUGAUACCCGUUAACAGUACAGAGUGUGCAUUAAAGUUGAAACAAUAUAAUAAUUCAGAUUUUGUUUGGAUUUUUGGCAUAAUAAUUUAUUUAACUGACAUGAAAGAGCAUCCUAAUACAUUUUUGGGCCCUAUAAAUAUGCAGAACGUUCAAAAUUUGUUGGAGUCAAAACCAUUAGACUUAAAUGCUUUAAAAUUAUUUUCUAUGUUAAGCCUGAAGGGAUCAAAAUCAACUAAUAAUGAUAUUUUAAUGUCGAUUUUCAAUAAUAUGGAAAAUUCUAAAUUUCCGAAUAGUGAUACUGAGGGCAAUAAGUUCAUGUCGAUUGGUUUCAAACAAUUCGAAAAAAAAGUAGAAGACAAACUUCAAAGUAUGGCUGUUCAAAUUAAUACAAUUGAGAAUAACGUUGAAACAUUAAAUAAAAAGUUUGACUUGUUGUUAAGUGCACUUCAUGAUAAAAAUAUUUUAUUAUAAUUUUAUGUUAAUAUUAUGUUUUGUUUGAAUCUUAUUGCAAUCCACAAACUAUGGCAAGAUUAAAGAUAGAAUUCUAUUUCUAUUUUGUAAUGGUUUCAACUGUUUUAUUUUUUAAAAAUUUUAUAUUUUUAAUUUUAUUGAAUACACAGACUGAAAUAUUUUUAUU